UUUAAGACGAAUGAUUUUCAUUCUUCUUCUCCGUCUUGCUUCUGUCUGAACGAAGCUUCCUCAGUUAUUGCAACCGCAGUUUGAGCCACUCUGUUUCCUUCCACCGAUUCUUAUCUCUAUAUUAAGCUUAAAUCUCAGUGACCACAACACAUUGCUCCAAUUCCUCGAGAAGACAGAUAGAAACCCCAAUUUUCACACACUGUAGGUGCUGUGUGUGAGAGAGAAACACCAUUUCUGCACUCUCUCUUAUAUACACAGCUGCAUCCUCGAGAUUCUCAUUCCAUUGAAUAUAUUUUGAAUCUUUUCUCACUGUCAAUCGAUUCUAAUCUUAUCCCAACCAGCAAUAUACUCGAUCGAAGUUUACCAGUUUUGAAGAAAAUGGGAUCAUCUUUUUCAUGGCCAUACGCAAAUAUCAACGACCUGGAUGAUCACAUCGAAUCAAUCAUAUCCAAAUCGUUAAGCUUCAAAGAACAAGAUGUAAGAACAGUGUUAAGAUCAUUCAGCUUUGACGACAUUCGUUCUUCCAAGCCUGCAAAGAUGAGAUCAUUUCGUUCAAAUAGUAUGAUCCGAGGGUCUCUAAGCUUUAAUGGGAGGGAACGCAAAAAAGCAUCUACCUUUAAACGUUCUUCCACAGAAAAAUAUCAAAAACCUGCAAAAACAACCCUCGAAAACACAUUGCUUGAACCUGAAACAAAACGGGUCGACCCGGAAACACAUGGACCUGAACCACCAUCGCCUAAGUCACCCAUGAAUCGUGAUCUUGCUGCUCUUAAGUUGCAGAAAACUUAUAAAAGUUUCAGAACCAGAAGGCAGUUAGCUGAUUGUGCAGUUUUGGUCGAGCAAAGAUGGUGGAAGCUUUUGGAUUUUGCUCAGCUGAAAUGCAGUUCAGUAUCAUUCUUUGAAGUUGAGAAACCAGAAACAGCUGUUUCACGUUGGUCAAGAGCAAGAACUCGGGCUGCAAAGGUGGGAAAAGGGUUGUCAAAAAACGAAAAAGCUCGUAAACUUGCCUUACAACAUUGGCUCGAAGCAAUUGAUCCACGACAUCGUUAUGGUCAUAAUCUUCAAUUUUAUUACGCCAAAUGGCUUCAUUGUGAAAGCAGACAACCCUUUUUCUAUUGGCUUGACAUAGGGGAAGGGAAAGAAGUAAACCUUGAAAGAUGCUCAAGAACAAAGCUUCUUCAACAAUGCAUCAAAUAUCUAGGCCCAACAGAAAGGGAGGCGUAUGAAGUUAUAGUGGAAGAUGGAAAAUUUAUGUACAAACAUAAUAAGAUUAUAAUAGAUACAACGGGUGAAUCGGAUGAUGUUAAGUGGAUAUUUGUUCUUAGCACAUCAAUGGUUUUAUAUAUUGGAAUGAAACAAAAAGGAAAAUUUCAACAUUCAAGUUUUUUAGCUGGUGGAGCUACAAUAUCUGCUGGAAGAGUGGUGAUUAAAGAUGGUGUUCUAAAGGCUGUUUGGCCUCAUAGUGGACAUUAUCUCCCUACAGAAGAAAACUUUGAUGCCUUCUUAACAUUCCUUAUGCAACACAAUGUUGAUGUUCAUGCUGUUAAGAAAAGCCCAGAUAAUGAAGAAGAAGAAGCAAGUUUUGAAAUUGCUGGAUUUGGUAUGAGAAAUAGUGUAUCAGAACCGAGUAUCUUUGAAGGCAUAAUACAAACAAACACCAAAACGUAUCAAAGAAAGAACUCUAGAAAAGAUCGAUGCAGAAAUCGUGUAUAUUUAUCAACCGAUUUGAAGGAAAAGAUAACCAAACUUGAAAUUCCAAAGAAUGAAAAAGUUAUCUUGGCUUUCCAGAAUCAAGCUCUAGAACCAGAACCGGAAUCGGAAUCGGAAUCGGAAUCGGAAUCAGAUAGAACCACGGAUUAUGACACGGCAGAGGAGUUUUUAUCUGAUUUUGAACUUAUGGUUUCCAAAAAGAAUCUAUUUGAUUAUGGUGAAGAAGAUGGAGCAUAUGAUGAACAACAUGUCACACAAGAGAAGAUUAUGAAGAGGAUAAAUUCUCAUAAAGAAAACAAGUCUUUUCAAUUGGGUAAGCAACUUAGUUGCAAAUGGACAACUGGAGCUGGGCCCCGCAUUGGGUGUGUACGGGAUUACCCUUUGGAGCUACAAGCACGUGCUAUGGAAGAAAUGUGUUUGUCACCCAAAUGUAGUGCCACAUCACCCAAAGGUAGUGCCAUGUCACCUCGAAGAUUUGGGAUGCUUCUAGAAACAAGUAGUCCGGUUAAGAAAAGUCCACUUGGUCAUGGCCAAAAUCUUGAAAUUGCAAUGGUUUUUUAAAGAGGAAGGAUUGAAGAUUGGAGGGAUCUUGAAAUUAGGUGUAGUUUUCAAGAAAAUUUUUGGAACUACAUUUACAUUGGUUGUUUAAUGUUUAGCUUAGUUUAUGUUGGGUCUAUUUGGUGAUAGCAACAACAUGAAUCUUUAGUUUUGAUGGGGUUUCAAGAAAAUUUUGGAACUUCUUGUUUUAUAGGGUAGGGCUAAGAUUUGCAGAGUUCUUUUGUAAAAUUUUGUUGGUCUUACUUACCAAAUAUAGUAAUAACAUGAAUAUUGAAAUUA